GAGGAUGGAGAAGAGCAGCUUCGCCAUGGCCAAGUUCGGGCUGGAGCACAAGGAGGCGAUGCCGAAGCGCGACUGCGGUUUUUACCUCAAAUACAUUUUCCUUUUCACCUCGCUGAUCCAGUUCCUGAUCAUCCUGGGGCUCGUGCUCUUCAUGGUGUACGGGAACGCCCAGGCGGGCACCGACACCCACCUGAGGCUGCUGGAGGAGCAGGUGCAGAGCCACUACCGCAGGAUUGUCGCCCUGGGCGCCACCAACGCCAACCUGAGCCGCACGCUCAACGCCACCCUGAAGGACAGGGACAAGGCGCAGGGGAUGGCGCUGAAGGUGCAGAGGGAGCUGGAGAAGUGUAACAGCAGCCAGGCCUCCAGCAGCAUCCCGCAGCUGCGGGAGCUCCUGUUCCGGCAGGUGAGGCUGACCGAGUGCCAGGUGAUCACCACCCUCAUCAACAGCACCUGCACCGCUGAGAAGCUGCAGCUGCAGCGGCAGCUGGACCAGGCCAGCUCGUCCAAGAGAAGCCUGGAGGACAGCAGGCAGCAGAGCCAGGCCGAGCUGACCAAAGCCACCCAGGAGAGGGACAAGUGCCAGCAGGACCUGCAGAGCGCCAGCACCGAGGGCCACCUGAGCAGGAUGGAGCUGGAAGUGCACAAACAGCGCUGCAGCUCCCUGCAGAGCGACGUGAGCGAGAAAAUCCUGAGGGUUUUGGAUCUGGCCAAGCAAUACCAGUGCAAAGAGGCCGAGAAGGAGCUGGGGCAGAUCCGCGAGCGCGUGGAGGAGCUGCUGCGGCGGCAGAAGGAGCGCGACUCGCUCUUCGUGUGGAGGAGCAGCUGCGAGCUGAGCGUGCAGCAGUGCCGCCACAACUGCUCCCGCGACACGCAGGAGCUGCAGCAGAGGAUCCAGCGGCUGGAGAAGCGCCAGAGGGACGGAGAGGAGGAGAGGAAGAGGCUGCAGGCAGAGAAGGAGAAGGUGGGGAAGGAGCUGGAGGAGAAGAGGAAGGCGGCGGCGGCGAUGGAGGAGUCGCUGAGGCAGCAGCUCGGCGUCUGCAUGGGAACCAAGAUGUCCCACCUGGACCUGCCAGGCUCGCGGGGGCCGGGCAGCGCCGCCCGCUCGGGCUCCUUCCCUGGCACGGGCACCUACAUGGAGCUCCUGAAGAACCCGGGCACCCUGGGCACCAUGGCAGGAAUGCAGAACCCGGCGGAGCUCCAGCAGAUGCUGCAGCUGAUGGAGCAGUACACGGCCACCCUGAAGAACGCCAGUGGGUAACGCUGGAAAAUCCCGCGGAAAACCAGGAGAGCCGCCCAGGAGGUGCUUCCCGCAGCACGGAUGGCAACCCCCGCCCCAGGGCCACCCUCCCUUCGUCCCUUUGUCCCCAAGCCCAGCCCUCAUGUCCCCUCAGAUGUAUCCCCGACUUCGGCUGGAGCGGGACAACAGCCGGCCCCGAAUUCGGGGACA